AUGUACGUUUUAGUGCUCUAUCAAGAUGAAAUUUGGCACGUUUGUCCGCUAAAAAAUGUUUCCACUGUUCGUAAAAAGUGUAUGGUGAAAUAUAGUGAUAAUAAAAAAUAUGCAGCUCGUGUUAUGGCGAUUUGUCAUGAUAAAAUGAUUUUGACUGGAAUAAUGAAAAAUAUUCAUGGAACAACUAACCACAUGCAGGGCGUUUGGGAAUUAGAAAAUAUCCCAUCAAAAUCAUUCUCUCAAGUUUCAAAAGAUUUUUCAAAAGAUGUAAAAGAGCAUGUACUAUUCAUCGAUGAAAAUUUAUUUAAAAAAUCACUAUCCGAUAACCUAAUUCAAUGCUUCAAUUUUGAUCAAGAUAUAAAUAUUUACAAAUUUGUUUUGAAACAGCCACGUUUCAAGCGAAUAAAACGAGUGAACGAAGAAAACACGUCCCAGGAGUCUAUGUUAAAGUCAAUGGCUAAAAACCUUUCUGAUGAUGAAAUUUCACCAACAUCUGCUGAUAAAUGUUCUCCAUCAAAGAUUAUAAGGAAUGAUGAUGACAAGAUUCAGGAAUCUAUGUCAAAGUCAAUGGCUAAAGACUUUCCUGACGAUGAAAUUCCACCAAUAUCUGCUAAUGAAUGUUCUCCACCAAAGGUUACAGUGAACGACGAAAACACGUCCCAGGAAUCUAUGUUAAAGUCAAUGGCUAAAAACCUUUCUGAUGAUGAAAUUUCACCAACAUCUGCUGAUAAAUGUUCUCCAUCAAAGAUUAUAAUAAAUGAUGAUGACACGAUUCAGGAAUCUAUGUCAAAGUCAAUGACUAAAGAUGCUCCUGAUGAUGAAAUUCCACUAAUAUCCGCUGAUGAAUAUUCUCCAUCAAAGGUUAAAAGUUUGGAUGCCCCUAGUGAUUUUUCAAAAUUUUCACCAUCUAAUCUCCAUACAGAACAAAAAAACCGUUGCAUUGAAGAGCCCAAAAUGCUUGCAAAGACAAAUAUAAUUCAAUCAAAUAUUGUUGAAGAUGAAAGUUUAUCAGUUACUAUUGAUAAAUCUCUACAAUUAAAUCCUCCAAUUCUUGAAGCAGCAUCCAAUUUUUUAAUACUUCAAGCAAUAGGAAAUCCAACUUUUAACAGUACACUCAAGGAGGGUUGCAAUCCUGUAGUCAUAUGUUCAUCAGAUGCGGAACAAAAGGAAAAUAGCAUUAGAUAUCUGAACAUCCCUGAAAAGUUAUGUAUAGUUGAUCCAAGCAUUGAUCACGGUACAAAUUUAUUAAGCGCUAUUAGUGGUCCUAGACCAUCAGAGUUUCUAAUUUCACAUGAUUCCCCGGAACUUCAAGCAACAGGACAAUUGAUAUUAAUCAACAAUGUGCAGGAAGGUCUCAGUCUACUGAAUUUAUCUCAUUCAGAUGUGCAACAAAAAUGUCAAGGUCAGUUGGAGUCAAAAUUUUCUAUUGAUCAAUCAUCAACAGAAGAAAAAAUCUUCGUUAAUUUAUCUGAGAUAAGUCAUAAGCAAACGAUAGAAUCUUCUGGCUAUGACAAGACAUAUACUGUUCACGAAUCUGAUAAUCCGAAAAAUUGUAACGAACUUCAUCAAAUUUUCAACGGCACCCUUCAGAAUACUAUACAAGGUUCGUUCAUAGAACUUACUGAAGAACCAAUCAACCAUUCUCUCCUUGACCUGAAUUUGGAAAUUUCUCAACUUAGUCAAGUGCUUAAAUUGAAUAACGGGAUUUCAAAAUUUUCUUUAAUUAACAAUGAAGUUAAUUUACCCAAAUAUCAUACUUUAGAACAAGGAAUAGCAAAUUCUCAUGGAAUCAAUGGACAAACUAUUGCUCGAAUUACAGAAAAGACUACAAUUUCUGAGAAUAUAGAACCUGAGAAAGACAACAGUAAAGAAAAAAUUAAGCCAAAGAUUGUUUCCGAGGAAAAGGUGUGCAUAAAAUUACCAAAAAAAAGAAAAUAUGAUGAUACUAAUUCUGGUCUUCAAAAUUUAGAAACAAAAAUGAAGAGAAGAAAGCAGAAAAAAGAAAUAGAGCGAGAAGCGAAAGAAAAUGAAGAGAAAGAACCAGAAGAAGAAGACAAAGCUGCAAGAGGAGUUGAAUCAUAUUUUGGUGAAUCAGGAGACGAUGAAGAUGAGUAUAAGCCUGAUAGUAAUGAGGAGUCUUCUGAGUCAGAGUACGACGAGAAUCAUGAAUUUCAAGAUGACGAUGAACUUGAUGCAGAUUUAAGAACAGAACAGACGUUUUCUGAUUCUCUGAAUGAUACAAUUACUGUUGACCAAAAUUCAAAAGCAUUGAGGUUAUUGGGUCGACUACUUGUAGCAAUCAAAUCACUAAACUCGCAUAUUACAAGUUUUACACACAUAUUCCAGCCCCGUCACUAUGACUUUUUAAUUGAAGCUGUCAAAAAAGUUGCUUCUCGCAUCAAUCAAUCGUCUUUAAAAUUUGAUAAUUCAGCGCCGAAAACUUGGACAGAUGAAGCAAAGUCGACUGUUUUAUCAGCUUUUAAGAGACAUUUAGAAAAUGGGAAUGUACCGUCAGGAAAAGAGAUGCAAGAAUUGAUAAAUACACAUGAUUGUUUCAAAGGGCGUUCUGUUCCACAAAUGAGAUCAUGGCUACAUACAUACAAAAAAAAAUGA